AUGGUUUCUUUUAGGUAUAUCUUUGGAAUUCCUCCCCUGAUCCUUGUUCUGUGGCCAGUAGCAUCAUCUGAUUGUGAUAUUGAAGGUAAAGAUGGCGGAGCCUAUCAGAAUGUUCUAAUGGUCAACAUCAAUGAUUUGCAUACUUUUACAAAUAUAAGAAGUGAUGUACAAGUGUCCAAGGAUGCAGCAUCUGCCCUUUACAUCAAAUGGCAUAAGAAAAUGGGACUGUGUUUUCUUGUCUUUGUUCCCCCAUCAAGCUUGGCAGAGGACUUUGCCCAUUGGCCUGUAGACAGCAUGAUAGACUUUGAUAGCAAUUGCCUGAAUAACGAACCUAACUUUUUAAAAAAACAUUCAUGUGAUGAUAAUAAGGAAGCUUCGUUUUUAUAUCGUGCUGCUCGAAAGUUGAAGCAAUUCCUUAAAAUGAAUAUCAGUGAAGAUUUCAAUCUUCACCUAUCAACAGUUUCACAGGGCACAUUAACACUGUUAAACUGCACCAGCAAGGGUAAAGGAAGAAAACCAACUUCCCUGCGUGAAGCUCAACCCACUAAGAAUUUGGAAGAGAAUAAGUCUUUAAAGGAACAGAAAAAGCAGAAUGACCUGUGUUUCCUAAAGAUACUACUACAAAAGAUAAAAACUUGUUGGAACAAAAUUUUGAGGGGCGCUAAAGAACAUUGAAAACUACGGAGUGGCAAUAUAAAAACUUAAGAGCUUUAUUUGUAUCCUCCAAGAAUCUAUCUGCUUGUGCAAUUUUCCAGGAUAAAAUGCCUUCUGGAAGUUACUAAAUGCAUCCUGGUAAAAACGGAUUACAGCAAUUGAGAAAUCCUUACUGUAGUACUAGAAGAUGGACGUAAACAGUGGAAACCAAACGCUGCAAUCAACAAACUAUUUCACAUGCAUGAGGACAUAUAUCAGUCGGUAUUAAUUCUGAGCUGAUUUCUGUAAGACAAUCUAUGUAAGAUAUUAGUUGCAAUAAUACUUUUUAAACCUGUUUAAAAUGUUCAGAAGACAUAUAAAUUCUGUGAAAUGUAUAAAGUUUACAAGGAUUAAAAAUUAACAUUUCAUUAUUACCAAAAUAAUUUUAUGGCCCACUAUGCAUCAGCAUACUGCAAUGAGAGUGGAAAUUGUUGUCAUCUGUGCUGGAAAUGUUUCAGAGUCACAGUGAGAUUUGGAUAAGGCCCAUGAGAACAAGAGUCAUACAGCUUAAAGAAGCAGUAGCAUAAGGGAAUCCAAGAUAAUUGAGAGAUGUAAUUAAACAUGAAUGUAUAACACAGUGCCUUUAAUAAAUGAUAUAACAGAUGUUUUAAAAUGAAGAUGAAUAAUUUCACAAAAUAGAAAGUCAUCUGUUCUAAGGAUGCUAAACCAUAGUACUGAGUUACUUUUGUCAUUUAUGUGUAAUAAAAUUUGUCUAAAUGAGUUUGCAAUUUGGGAAGUAUAUUUUUAAGAGAAUAAUAUAUGUUGGCCUUUUAAUUAAUGGAAUGUAUAUAUUUAAUUUUGACACUAUUUGUAUAUAAAAAUAUUUUCAUACAGUAUUACAAUUGCUUACUUUGGAUAACAUUUCUCCUUUUAUAAUAAAUGACCUAUGUAUUAACACUGUCAGAUUCACUUAAUGAAUCCCAAUAGGAGUUUUGUUUGUUUGUUUUUUGGCCGUACCAUGCGGCUUGCAGGAUCUUAGGUCCCCAAGUAGGGAUCGAACCUGGGCCCCCUGCAGUGGAAGCGCAGAGUCCUAACCACUGGACCGCCCAGGAAUUCCCCCAAC